AUGCCCCCCAAGGCUAUUUCAAAAAAAAGGCAUCCUCAAUGCAAAAACGCCAAGAGUAUAAAAAAACUGGGAAGGAACAGCGGAAUCAACCCCUCGCUGUUAUCUGAACAGAGUCAGAUUGGCCUCGACAUUGAACAUACCCAGUGUCCGAUAAAUUUUGACGAGCUCUCAAUGCUUGCGAACAAAGACCCUGAUCUUAGCACUGAUGAUGAGAUAGAAGAGCAUGAAGAUGAUGAAGAGUCCCACCGGUCUUCCCAAUACCCCUACUACCAACUUUCUCCAUGCUACCCACCCCCUCCAAGCCCUUCAUUCCCUUCUUUGUGCUAUCCAUCCCUUUUAAGCUUUGACCAGCCUGAGCACCAGUUCCAGCCCCUUGAACAUAAAUGGUAUGCAACUCCUGGGCCCUCCAAUAGGGAUGCAAACCCUUCUCCAUGCUACAUGCCCCUUCUGAGCUUCAGCCAGCCUGGGCAUGAGUUCCAGCCCCCUGAGGGUGAGUGCUAUGCAACUCCUGGACCUUCCAAUAGGGAUGUGUUCCUUCCUUUGUGCUAUGCACCCCCUCUGAGCUUUGGCCAGCCUGGGCAUCAGUUCCAGCUCCCUGAGGAUGAGCACUAUGCAACUCCUGGACCUUCCAAUAGGGAUGUGUUCCUUCCUUCGUGCUACAUGCCCCCUCCAAGCUUUGGCCAGCCUGGGCAUCAGUUCCAGCUCCCUGAGGGUGAGCGCUAUAUGACUCCUGGGCCCUCCAAUAGGGUUCCUAGCACAUUGUUCAACCCUCCCCUCCCCUCCUUUGACUCUGAACACCACUCUCUAUCCAAUCCUGCUCGUUCCUUUGUCGAAUCUCUCAUACCACCCACUAUUUGA